GACACACCUGUGCCGUGGAUCCGACUGUCUGGACCAGACCAGGACACCUCUGUAUAGAUUAUCAAUUUGGGUUCAGCUGCAGUUCGUCAUUUUUCGGCAAAACUUUCCGUCACUUUUUGAAGACAGAAAGUCCCAGACGCGUCAGGCGGCGGUGAACGCGAACCUUCCGCUCUGUUCGGACUGACAGCCGCUGAAAUGGCUCCACCCUCGGCCUCCUUCCUCCUCCUCAUCCUCCUCCUGGCCAUGGUCUUGGUCCGGACCGGAGCGCCAUCAUGCAGCGGCGGUUUCCGCGCCGGGCAGGACGACUUUGUGCUUUAUGCAGAAGACGCGGUGAAGGGGGGAGCGGUUCUGCUCUCCAGUGCGCAUGUGCCAUCUCCGGAGGAAUGUGAGCGCAUGUGCUGCACGGACCCGCAGUGUAACCUGGCGCUGGUAGAGCCGCGCGACGAAGGAGCGGCAGGAGCGGAGGAAUACCGCACCUGCGUCAUGUUCGACUGCGUCCACAGAAACCGGUUCGCCUGUAGGUUCAUCAGCCAGACCGGGUUCCGGAGCUAUGUCAAGGAGUCUGUGUUCGUGAAGCACCUGGGGGCUCCGCAGGGCUCAGGUGAACAUCCUCCACCCAUCGCUGUCGCCGGUCGGGAUGUUGUCGUUCAACCUGGAUCCACGGUGACGCUCAACGGCGUCGAGAGUCUGGCUGUGGGCGACGCCUCCAUCAGCGACUACCAGUGGAGUCUGGAAAGCGGAGAUGACACCGUGAGCAUGCAGAAAACCGAUUUCCCAGACCAGGUUCAGAUCUCCAAUCUGCAUCCUGGGACCUACAUCUUCCAGCUCCAAGUCACUGACUCCAGGGGAAAAUCCAACACCGCCAAGACCACCAUCCUGGUCCUCAACCCUGAUGAGUCCACCUUGUACUGCCUGGCUCCUGCAAAGGUCGGUCCAUGUCGAGCAUCAUUUCCUCGAUGGCGUUACGAUGCCACCACUGGCGAGUGUCAGGAGUUUGUGUUUGGAGGCUGCAAACCAAAUAACAACAACUACCUGUCCAAAAAUGAGUGCACGCUGGCCUGUAGCGGAGUCACAGCAUCGUCUGAGAGGAGAGACGGUCUGCUUGUCAAAGAGGUGUGUGGGUCAUCAUGCGGUACUAAUCAGCUGACUUGUGACAACGGAUGCUGUCUGGACAAAACUCUGGAAUGUGAUGGAGUGAAACAGUGCGAAGACGGAUCUGAUGAGGACCACUGUAACAAAUUGAACCGGACUCUCAACCGCCUCCUGAGUAUUGAUGUCAGCCAGAGGAAAGCGUGGUGUACGGAGCCCCCUCUCACCGGUCCAUGUCGGGCCAGUCACACCCGAUGGUACUACGACCCCUUGAACAGGAAGUGCCAACGCUUCACCUACGGAGGCUGCAACGCCAACGACAACAACUUUGAGGAGGAGCAAAAAUGUAGCGAUUUCUGCAACGGAGUGACAGCGGAUGAUGUGUACUCGCCAGGCAUGUUUAAACGCUUUGAAAGUGAAGAUGAAGAUGAAAGUGACUCAGGUUCCGUCGCACUUGCUGUGAUUCUGGCCGUCGCCAUCUUGGCUCUGUUGGCGAUCCUCACCUACUGCUUUCUGAGGGCGCGGAGGGAGCGUGCUCACCAGCCCGUUGCCACAGGCCCCGCCCAUGUGGCUCUGUCAGAACAGGACACACUCGUCUACAACAGCACCACCAAACCUAUAUGAUGUCACCGCCACCUCUAGAAUGACCACUGACCUGCAGUUUUCCUGCCUGGUUUUCUCACAUGUUCCUUCUGUUUUCCAUUAUUUUUCUGCAGUUUUUCCUGAUUCUGUUUUGUUGUUGUUAUAGUUUUACUCUGUGUCUGUAUUUUUCUGCUCUUCAUUUUAGAUAAGUGUGUUGUAUUUUUCAGUCUAAGCAUGUUUAUCAUAUUCACCUUUUCUUCAUGGUAAAACUUUGUCAUUUUUGUUCAUUAAUAUUUAUAAAACCCUGCAUUUGUUUUUGGGUCUCAGGGACAGUUUGAUUGUAAAUAUGAUGUUUUUAAUGUUUUUAUUUGAUAAUAAAUAUGUGGGAACAAAUAGCCUAA